AUGGCACAUGAAGACAAUCCCGUGGAGCCCCAACCCCGGCCCUCUAUCACGGACUUACCCCAGCAGACGGCGGCAGGACAACCCCGUGCCUGGUCUCUGGACUUGUUGUUACGCCGGUUGAGGUCCAUAGAGAGCAACCAGGGUGACAAGUUUGCCAGUAUCAUGGAAGCGAUGGGGAAGUUUGGCCCCUUCCAGCGAAGGCUGGUGGCCCUGGCCUUCAUCCCCAACCUCCUGGCGGUCGUGUUCAUGUACGCUGACCUCCUCGUGGCCGCAGAGCAGAAGGCCUAUUGCAACACCAGCUGGAUUCUGGCCGUGGGCCCUAACCUGUCAGAGGCCGAGCAGCUGAAUCUGACCCUGCCCCGGGACAGAAAUGGCAGCUUCCUGACCUGCCGCAUGUUCCUGCCUGUGAGCUGGGAUCUGGAUUCCAUCAUCAAGUAUGGCCUCAACUACACACAGGCGUGCAGCCAGGGGUGGGUCUAUCCUGAGAGCACGACGCGAUCAGUGAUCAAUGAGUUUGAUCUGGUGUGUGGUGAGGAAUUUUCCCCGGAAGCCGUGCAGUCCAUGUUCCUGACAGGCCUCCUGACAGGGGCGCUCAUCUUCGGGUUCAUAAGUGACAAGCUUGGCCGCUACCCCUCCAUCCUGCUGUCGAACGUGGGGAUCAUCAUCUUUGGCUUUGGGACAGCCUUCGUCAACAGCUUUCACCAGUACCUGUUCUUCCGCUUCGGGGUGUCCCAGGCCCUGGUGGGCCACAGCAUCAGCAGCAUGGCUUUAACUGUCGAGUGGCUGGUGGGCGAGCACCGGGCCCACGCCAUCAUCCUGAGCCAGUGCUUCUAUUCUCUGGGGCUCAUUUUCCUGAGUGCGUUUGCCUACAGCUUUCCCAACUGGCGGCUGCUGUUUCUGUUGGGCACGGCCCCCGUGUUAUUCCUCGUCUCCUUUAUCUGGAUUCUCCCAGAGUCCCCUCGGUGGCUGUUGGUGAAGGGGAAGGUGGAGGAGGCCAAGCACGUACUGCGCUAUGCGGCUGACAUGAACAAGACGACCAUUCCUUUAAGUCUGUUGGACAAGCUACAGAUGCCUGGAAAGAAGGUGACCAAUGCCUCCAUCCUGGACUUCUAUAACAAUAGUCAACUGCGCAAGGUGACCUUGGUGAUGGGCUGUGUGUGGUUCAGUGUUGGUCACAGCUAUUCUACACUGACCUUGAAGAUGAGGGAUUUUGGUGUGAAGUACCAGAUGAGCGAGAUCAUUCCUGGCAUGAUGGGGAUGCCUGCCCGGCUCUGCAGCAUCUUCCUCUUUGAGCAUUUUGGGAGGAAGUGGACUAUGGCUGGGUCUCUCUUCCAAGGCAGCUUCCUGAACUUGCUUAUUCUUUUCAUCCCCUCAGGCCUCCCCUCCCUGGCCUGAUGGGAAGAUUGCCCCAAACUCAGGUGGUCACAUUGUCUGGCUACAGAGUUGAAAACCACGCUGAUGUUGUUGAUCCUGGUGGGACAAAUCAGCCUGAGCGCCUUGAUCACCAUGUUCUUCGCCUACGGUGCCGAGCUCCUGCCUACCAUCCUCAGGACGACGGGUCUGGGGCUGGUAACUCUGGCCUGGGCAUCUGGAUCCUUUGUGUCCCUGGCAUUCAUCACCUGGAGUCCCCCCAGCAUCACCAAUUAUAUUGGCUGCAUCUCGGCCAUUCUGUCCUUGUCCCUCUUCUAUAUGCUUCCAGAGACGCAGAAUCUGCCCCACUCCGAUACGCUGGAUCACUUUCCCUUGCACAGAAGAAGGGCCUGUGACGUAAGAGCCACCGUGUCCAUAGCUUCUUCCCGCUCUCCUGAUGCUGCCACCCAACCCUACCCAUCCCCGCCCCUGCUCUCCCGUCCAGCCUGGGCCCGGUCCUUUCCUCUCUUUACCUCCUGGAAGCCUGCCUGGCCUUGA